UCUCCUCAGACUGAUGAUGGCUGAAGCCCAGCUGUGUGGAUUACAGGACGAGAUCACCUGCUCGGUGUGUCUCGACACCCUGACUGACCCCGUCACCAUCCCCUGUGGUCACAGUUUCUGUCUGAAGUGCCUCACAGACUACUGGGAUCAGAGCCAAGUGUGUAGCUGUCCUCAGUGCAGACACACCUUCACCACAAGGCCUGAGCUGAACAGAAACACUCUGCUGAAUGAAGUCAUCAAGAAAUUAAAGAAGACGACUCUCAGUUCUCCUCCUCCUCAGAAUUAUACCGGCCCCGUAGACGCGGAGUGUGAUUUCUGUACUGGUGAGAAGUUCAGAGCGGUGAAGUCCUGUCUCACCUGCCCGGCCUCCUACUGUCAGACUCACCUGCAGCCUCACUAUGAAGUAGCGACUCUGAAGCACCACAAGCUGAUUGAUCCUGAUAGAAAUCUGAAUGACAAACUCUGUGAGAAACAUCAGAAAAGUCUGGAGAUAUUCUGUAAAACUGAUGAUUCCUGUAUCUGCAUGAUGUGUGUGGUGACUGGACAUAAACAUCAUGAAAUGGUCGAGCUGGAGACGGAAAGGGAAGAAAAGCAGAAACAGCUGGAGGCGACACUGAGUGACAUCAAGAGGAGACUUGAGGAGAGAGAGAAGACACUGAAGGAGACGAGGAGGGCGAUGGAUGAAAUGAAGAUGUCUGUGGUAAGAGAGGUGGAAGAAAAUGAGAAAAGCUUCACUGAUCUGAAACGGUGCAUUGAGGAAGCCCACAGGAAACUGACUGAGAGAAUCAAAGAUCAAGAAAAGAGAGAAAUGGAGAAGGCUGAAGCAGUCAUGGAGCAACUGGAGAAGGAGAUCAAGGAGCUGAAGAGGAGAGAAACUUUCUCCUCUUGCUGUGUCCUUCCUGCUGAUGGAUACUUGCUGAGCUUCACUGUCAAUGCUGAUGUCUCAUCUGAGGACCUGAGAAAGGAGCUGUCAGGUCUGACAAAGAGUCUGGAGAAGAUCAGCCAGUGGGUCAUCAUGACAAGGACUCCAUCAGCUCAUGAAGCUCCAGUUUUCACCCUCCAGCCUCCUGAACCUCAGAGCAGAGACGACUUUUUAAAAUACUUCUGUCCCCUCACACUGGACAUCAACACGGCACACAAAGCCCUCCGUCUGUCUGAAGGGAACAAGAAGAUGACACGUGCGGGUACAGUGACUGAAUAUCCUGAUCAUCCUGACAGAUUUGACUACUUGCCUCAAGUUCUUUGCAGAGAGGCUCUGACUGGGACUCGCUGUUACUGGGAGGUGGAGUGCAGUGGAGACGUCAUGAGGAUUGGAGUCGCAUAUAAAGGACUGGGCAGGACAGGAAGGGGUGAUGAGUGCGGCCUUGGAGACAACAACAAGUCCUGGAGUUUGCGGUGGUUUCAUUCCCAGUACUCUGUGUGGCACAAUAACCAGCAGACUGUAAUUAGCGCCCCCUACAGCCCCAGAAUAGGUGUGUAUCUGGACUGGCCUGCUGGCUCUCUGUCAUUUUAUAGCGUCUCACACACAAUGACCCUCCUGCACAGGAUCAACACCUCCUUCACUGAGCCCCUCUUUCCAGGGUUUAGGUUUGGUCUUCACUCCAGUGUAAGAAUCAGCCAUAUGAUACCAUGUGACCAGUGACCAGUA